AUGGCAGAUGCAGCUCGUUGGAAAGCCACGGUUCAUGUUGGAGGCCUGGCAGCCAUGGUGACGAGUAGCCAGGUGCUCGAUGCCUUCAUCCCGUUUGGUGAGAUUGUCGACGUACAAAUGCCAAAGCCUGACUCGAGAGACUCCGAGAGCGCACAUCGAGGCUUCGCUUACGUCGAAUUUGAAGACGCUGAAGAUGCCAAGGAGGCCAUUGACAACAUGAAUCAAUCCGAGUUUUUCGGUAGGAUCCUAAAGGUUUCGCAAGCGAGGGCGCCAAAGAGCGCCGAGGAGGGGUUGGGCAGCAAAAAAGCCCUCUGGGAGCAGGAGGGGUGGCUGGCGGAACAUGCUGGCGAACAGGUCGGUCCGGAAAUGCCCGUGGACAGUGCCGGGCCGGAUCCUAUGCAGGGACUGGAAGGACUAGAUGUGGCUGGUCCAAAGCCGGCAUAG